AUGGCAGACUUCAAAAUAGACUCCACCCCCACCGCAUCUCCAUCUGCGAUCCCUCGGCCGAACGCGCCAGUCGAGCCGCAGUACUCGAGCUCAAGCACCAAGAAACACGGCCAGAGAUGCGCAGAAAACAAUAUAGCGGCCAGUAUUCCUCGACCGAAACUGCGACUACAUGUUGAAACACUCCGCCACCCUGCGACAGCAUCAUUCCUCACUCUCAUCCCCGAUAUUGCUUCAACACUCGACAAAGCCCUCCAUGAUAUUGUCAAAUACCUCUACAGCUCUCCGCUCCACGCACCCUCAGAUAGUCCCUCCCAUCAGAAAGUUCAACAACCGUCUUUCAGCCCCUCAAUACCACCAACUCGCUCCGUAACACUUCACCUCCGCGACAUAGACGGUGUCGCCUAUACAACAGGCACCGAGCUCGACGAUGAUCACAAGGAGAUCCACCUUUCCCUCCCGUAUAUUCAUCACUGCAUGACAAUGGCUAAUCCAUCGCAUGAGCUAGUCGGUGUUCUCACCCAUGAGCUUGUGCACUGUUACCAGCACACUUCACCGCCCGAGUCCAUCAAUGACCGCGAAGUUAAGAUCACUCACCCACCAGGAGGACUGAUCGAAGGCAUCGCAGACUUUGUACGUCUCAAGGCAGGACUGGAGCCUCCGCAUUGGAAGAAGCCGCAGUCUGCAGAGGAGAGGGCAGAGAAGUGGGAUGCUGGGUAUCAGAACACGGCGUACUUUUUGGCGUGGGUUGAGGAUGUGCGAGUAGGUAGGGGCGCGGUUGGGAUGUUGAAUGAUCGUCUUUUGAGAGUCGGAUAUGUGGGUGAGGAGGAAGGGGAUUCUGGUGUUGGGUUCUGGAAGAGUCUGUUUGGGGCCGAGGUUGCUCAGUUAUGGGAGGAAUAUGGUACAUAUCUCGAUGGAGCUAAAGACGAGAAGGCCCAAGGACAGUGGGAAGAUGAGAUUCUCAAUGUCGAGUAG